UCUAAAUCAUUCUUGUGGACGAUGGGAGGGUGUUUCUCUGUAUCAAUAUCCUUAGAUCAAGUCUUGAAUCAUGCCUCUAACCGCCUCUGCGGCGACGGAAAUUAUCUCCGCAGCCUCGAAAAAAAUAUCGAUGCUCUACAGACCGCUAAGGAAGAGCUCCGGUCCAAGAGGAACGAUUUGUCGAGAAGGGUUGCCAGCGAGGAGUACGGAGGCCGACAACGCCUUGUUGAAGUCCAGUUCUGGAUUUCCGGAGCCGAAGCCAUUGAGGAACAAGUCGAUGUUCUGCUCGCCGCUAAAGCCAAUCAAGUUCAAAGGUUGUGUCUUUGUGGAUAUUGUUCCAAACGUUUCAUAUUGGGUUAUCGUUAUGGUAAAAGGGUAUCGAAAAUGCUCGAGAAGGUUAAAGAUCAUAAAUCUAAAGGAGUUUUCGAAGUUGUGAUCGGGAACGCUCCCACACGUGCGGUGGCACUGAGACCUAUCCAGCAGCCAACUGGUCAAGAAGUUCUGCUCGAGAAUGCAUGGGGACAUCUGAUGGACGACGGAGUCGGAACCCUUGGUCUAUACGGCAUGGGCGGAGUCGGCAAAACCACUCUUCUCAAGCAGAUCAACAAUAAACUCCAUGAGGAAACAUGUAAGUUUGAUAUUGUCAUUUGGGUCGUGGUGUCUAGCGUCGUUCAAGUGCAUAGCAUCCAAGAAGAGAUUGCGGAGAAACUAGGGUUUAACAACUUUAACAGCGACGGUUGGAAACAUAAAAAAGCACAGGACAAGGCCGCUGACAUAUACAAUGUCCUAACGAGAAAGAGAUUUGUAUUGUUGUUGGACGACAUUUGGAGCAAAGUGGAUUUAACAGAGAUCGGAGUCCCGUCUCCAACAAGAGAAAAUGGAUGCAAAGUAGUAUUCACCACUCGUUCUAAGGAAGUGUGCGGGCGCAUGGGGGCCAAUCCCGAGAUAGAGGUCGAAUGUCUGUCGUCGGAUGACGCAUGGGACCUAUUCAAAAAGAAGGUCGGGGAAAUCACGCUUAGUCAUCCACAGAUUCCAGAACUAGCUCAGAUAACUUUUAGAAAAUGUCGGGGUCUCCCCCUAGCUCUCAACGUUAUCGGCGAGACCAUGUCGUGCAAAAGGACGGUCCAAGAGUGGCGUCUUGCAAUCGACACGUUGACUUCCUCGGCCAUCGAGUUUUCGGGUAUGGAAGACGAGAUUCUUCCGAUUUUAAAGUAUAGCUACGACAAUUUAAGGGAUGAACAGAUCAAGUUGUGUUUUCAAUACUGUGCUUUGUUUCCAGAAGAUUAUGAAAUAAGUAAAGAAGAGUUGGCUUAUUACCGGAUAGGUGAGGGAAUUAUAGAUGAAAACGAAGACGUGGAAAAGGCUAUGAACAAGUGUUACGAAGUAAUCAACACCCUCAUCUGUUCGUGUCUGUUGAUGGAUGAUAACAUAGAAUGGGUGAAAAUGCAUGACGUGACUCGUGAAAUGGCAUUGUGGGUGGCGUCUGAUUUGGGAAAGCAAACGGAAUAUUUUGUCGUGCAAGCGGGGUUCAAAUUACAUCAAAUUCCGAAGGUCAAGAAUUGGAGCGAUGUGAGAUGGGUGUCAUUGAUGCAAAAUGAAAUCGAUGAGAUAUCGACGGACAGUCCUCAGUGUUUCGAGCUGGAAACAUUGCUCCUCCAAGAUAACGAGUUUGUAAAACUAUCAGGCGACUUCUUUAUGUGUAUGUCGAGGCUGCUCGUUUUGGAUCUGUCGAGGAACAAAAAUCUCAAUGAAUUGCCAGAGGAAAUAUCAGAGUUGGUGUCGUUGCGAUAUCUCAAUUUAUCGGGAACAAAGAAAAAGCGACUGUCGGUCGGUAUUCAAAAGGUAGAAAAACUAAUUCACCUGAAUGUGGAAAGCGCAUACGAGCUCGAGACUAUUCUUGGAAUAUCAUGUUUGUCGAGUUUGAAAAUACUGAGAAUGUUCGGGUCCGGAGUUAUAAUAGACGUGGACGUAGUGAAGGAGUUGCAAGAAUUGGGAGAUCUACAAGUUUUAACCAUAAAGUGCGUUACUAGGGAGAUGAACAGAGGGAGAGAGAAGGGAACCAGGAAAAGGGCGACGGUUUUGGCUCGACGCCAACCUUCACGUCAACUCUUCCUAAAUCUACGCCAGUUGAAGAUAUUCAGCUGCAGGGGUGCGAGAGAUUUGACACGGUUGAUGAUGAAUGCUCCCAAUCUUGUUUUGUUAACGGUGUCUGGGUGCGAGAAUAUGGAGGAAAUCGUGAAGAAAGAGAAAGCAGAGGAGGCAGGUCAUGCCAUUCCUUUCGAGAAACUAGAAUUUCUCCUGCUGUCGGAUCUGCCGGAGUUGAGGAGCAUCUAUUGGCAUCCUUUGCGUUUCCCGUGUCUGAUUUCGAAAGUACCAUUUCAGGCGAACUAG